CAAAUGCCAGGUUCAAACCCCAACCUUCAGCGCUGACCACCGAGCCACCGUGCCGCCCACACGUUUGUGUUUGUCUGGUUACUGGAACUGGGGGGUGUCUGACUCCAUAUACUGUUCAGUGUCAAUACAGUAUAUGAUCAGUCAGCUGAAUCAAUGUGGAGUCCGGGCUGUUUACGUAUUGACGAGACAAGCUAAUGAUUGAUUGAUGACGACAUCGGCGGACAAACGAUUUGUCAGAUUGUCAGUUGAAGUGCUCCAGUUCAGAUAGAAUAACUGUUUCUCUGUCUGUAUCUGUAGCUGUUUCUUCGUUAUAAAGGACUUUUUGUUGUUUAGCGUAAGUCCGUUUUUUUUCUUUUUGUCUCUCCACAACAAUAUUUCUGAGCACACGAGAAAAAAGGAGAAAACAUUUUUGUAAGAAGCUGAAGUGUAGGUCAACAUAUUCCGUUCAUGUUUGCCAGGAUGAGAUCAGUGGGAGUUUCUCUUCUCUUGCUGUUUCUGCUCAUCAUUCGGUCUGACACAAUCCAACAGAUCCAACAGAUCCAACAGAUCCAACAGAUCCCACGCAAACCAUGGCUUUCAAUCACAACCCCAGCUCCCACCAAAGCCGCCACCCCAGAGUUCACCAGUCCCACCCACACAACCCCUGAAGUACCUGAGGAAGAUGAGUUUCUGGGUCCAGCUGAGUGCCUGGAAAAGAAGUUUACUCGUGCAUCAUGUGACCUAGUGUUUUGUCCUCCGUGGGAGCGUUGCAUUGAUGGACAAUGCUCCUGUAAACCACCCUACCUGUGUCCCAUUGAUGAUGUGUCCCCAGUCUGUGGGCGAGACCACAGGAACUAUCGCUCCUACUGCCAGGUGAUGGCUCUCUCGUGUCGGACCCAGAAACCGGCCAUGUCCCACUUUGGGGAAAAUUGCAGAGAAAGUUAUCCAAAGUUCGAAAGUUUGAUAGACCCAGACACAGGAGUGGUCAGGCUCCACAUUCCCAACGAUAAUAACGCUGGAGAAAGGAAGGACUUACUGGUUUGUUGGAAGCUGUGGGACAUGGCGGCUGCUAACGUGGCCUGCAAGGAGCAUGGGAAGCCACUGGGGGCAGCGAUUGCUGAUUCCGUCAGAUACAGUUCCCUGAAAACCGACCAUCAUAACAAGCAGUUCCCAGGAAGCUGUGUUAGUGUCCGCUGCCAAGGUUAUGAGACUUCCCUGGCUGAGUGUUUAAUCUACGACCAGAUCAGGAUUGGCGACAGGAACGUCUCCAGAGUAACCUGUUAUGAGGAAUCACAGGUACCAAAAGAGGACUGUGGCUUCAAAUGUGUAAACACGAAGUGUGUGUCUCUGACCCAGACCUGUGAUGGAGUUGACGACUGCGGCGACCGCAGUGAUGAAAUGUGCUGCAAAAAUUGCAGGAAAAGUAGUGUCCACUGUAAGACGGGUGUGUGUAUACAUAAAGAUGCGCUCAACGACGGCCAGAUGGACUGUCUGGAUGGCAAGGACGAAUUAAUCCGACACACAUAUGUGGAAAGAAAGUCAGUGAGGGGGCACGGAAGACUCACAAAUUUUGAGUACGUCUCUCCCAAAGAAGAAACAAGGAUCAACAGAGAGCAUCUGGAGUCCAAGUUACAGUGUGGAAUUCCCAAUGCAAACACCGUGGAUGAUGAAGUGGUGGAGGAGCGAGGAAGGAGCACCCGUUUCAAGAGAGUGGUGGGAGGAGCCCCGGCAAAACCGACUCAGAUCCAGUGGCAGGUCGCUCUAGAGGACAACAGGAAGAUUGACUGUGGAGGAGCUUAUAUCGGAGGCUGCUGGGUCAUCACCGCCGCUCACUGCGUCAGACCCAACCCCUCUGCGUUCAGGGUGAAGUUUUCUAUCUGGAAGAAGUCCAGAGCUCAAAACACGACUGACAUUGUUCCUGUUGAAGAUAUCCGCAUCCAUCCCAAGUACAACGCCAGUAGCUACGAAAACGACAUUGCUCUGGUGAAGCUGGAGGAGCUUCCGUUUGAGGACAAAUGUUUGUUGGACAACCCGGCCGUCAGCGCCAUCUGUGUUCCCUGGUCCACCAAACUCUUUCAUGCCAACCACACCUGCAGCAUCUCUGGAUGGGGGCGAACCGCAGAUGGCAGAGCAGCUCAGGUGUUGCUCUGGGCCAACGUAUCCCUCAUCGACGACUGCCAGAGAUUCUACAACGAUCGCUUCAAACCAGGCAUGACGUGCGCAGGGGAUCUGGAAGGCAGGGUGGACUCUUGUCAGGGGGACAGUGGCGGUCCUCUGGUUUGUACAGAUGAACUGGGUCGCUCCUACCUGUGGGGGAUCGUCAGCUGGGGAGGGAGGUGUGGUCAGGCAGGAUCCCCCGGCGUUUAUACACAGGUCGCUCAUUACUUUGAGUGGAUCAGACUUCAUACGGGUUGGCCUGCAGUCACCAUGUUUAAUUCAUGAUGAAGCAAACGCACACACGCAAAACUCUACUUUUUAAAUACUUGGCGAGUCGUACUCGUUGGUGAUUGAAGUCGUUUUUUCACAGGUAUUUCACCCUGGCUGCAGCUUGUGUGAUGAUGGCCACUCUGUUUACUGUGAAUAAAACUUUGUCGAGCCGAAGUGUUUUCAUUUUCAAAAAAAUCGCAUACUUAGAAUAGCUCUUUUUUGUUUAAUGGUUGUAUUGGUGAUAAAAAAAAGCCAGUUUGUGCCCAAUAAAUUUGCCAGUAAAUUCUAUGGCCAAUGA